UAACAAAAUAUUGCAUGAACAAAAAAAAACUCCAAAUCUUAUGCUUAGAAUCAGUGUCUCAAUUUUCCCAGCUUUUGUUUUCAGGAUUCUGGGGGAUAUUGAGGAGGUAAGAGAAAAAUGGAGUCGAAUGGAAAAAUGAAGGAGAAAAUGGAAGAUUCGGACAACGAGACGAACCGGAAUAGUAACGCGCACGAUCCGGACAUAGCUUCGGAUUCGGAAGGGAAGAUAAGCCGACAGCCGAGCCAAUCUUCCUGCUAUGCUACUGAAGAUGAUGAAGAUUUGGCUAACAUUCAGUUGGGUCCUAAGAUGACUAUUAAGGAGCAUCUUGAGAAAGAUAAGGAUGAUGAGAGCUUGAGGAGGUGGAAAGAGCAGCUUCUUGGAAGUGUGGAUGCUAGUGCUGUUGAGGAGAAUCAAGAACCAGAUGUAAAGAUAAUAAGUCUUACAAUACUGUCACCAGAGAGACCAGAUUUGAUGCUUCCAAUACCAGAAUCUGGUAACCCUAAAGGAUUAUGGUUCACUCUCAAAGAAGGCAGCCGUUACCGUCUCAGAUUUUCCGUUAAGAUCAGCAAUGACAUUGUUUGUGGCCUCAAGUACAUUAACACCGUUUGGAAGACUGGCAUCAAAGUUGACAGCUCAAAGCAAAUGCUGGGAACAUUUAGCCCACAAGCUGAGCCAUACACACAUGUAAUGGAAGAAGAGACUACCCCUUCUGGCAUUUUUGCUAGAGGAUCUUAUUCUGCAAGAACUAAGUUUGUUGAUGACGACAACAAGUGCUACCUGGAGAUUAACUACACUUUCGAUAUCCAGAAAGAUUGGCCCUCCACAUAGCCUCGAAUUUUUUUCUGCAAAUGAUGCGGAUUUAAUUUGUUUUGAGUAUUUUCAGAAGUAUAGUUUGAGCUAGAAGUUGAAGUUUGGGGGAGAAAAUAGUUUCAAAGUUAGAAGAUGUGGAAUUGUUUAUAAGAGUUUCGAUUUGGUUUUACUUCAAAUUUUAUUGUGUUCGGUGUAAAAAAUAUUGUACUAAGUCGUACUAUAUAUAUAUCUGCAAGUAACGAAUAAAAAAGUGCGAGAAACUUGCAGAUUUUUUUUUUCUGCUUUUAAUUUGAAUAUUUUUUGUUUUAUUGUUACUUUGAUGUUUGAUAAUGUAAUUCUUGAUUUACUCGUCACGAACAUAUAAUCAUGUGAUUAAAACUUACGUGUGAAAUUGGCACAUAUAUUCCAAUUAGGAUUGCAUCUAUUAGAGAUGGAAGUUGCAAUAAAAUUUAAAAUGAUGAAAUCCAGUUGUUGAAAUGAGUUUUUUAAUCCCGUAAGUUUACUAAUUGGGAGUUUUAGUCCAUCACAUGUCAAAAUCAAAAUUUUAGUCGUGGAAGUUGCAAAAGUUGAGAAUUUUGGUCCUAUGACCUGGUAUAACAGGUAAUGCAAUGGUUGGUUGAAUGAGUUGAAAUUUAAUUUAUAAAAAUAAAUAAAUUAAAAAUAAACUAGUUGACGUGGCUAAAAGUUAGACGAUUUUGGAGCGAAAUAAAAUAUACCAUUAAAUUGAUAUUUAUUUGAUGAAGAAAAUAAACA